AGGGACCAGGGGAAAGGGGGCUGAAGGGAAAGACUAACUUUUAGGGCUUGGUCAGUUCCUUGGGGGAGGGCGGAGCAUGCGGCUGUGCCUUUGACUGAGGUUUCAGCUUCUCAAGGUCUCUGUCUCUGGCUUUCUGUCUCAGUUCCCCCUCCUUCCCUUUGUAUCUUGGUUUUCUGCUGGGUUGGGGUUCAGCUCUGGGGGGAAGGGGCUACGGUGGUCUCCAGGAUCAGGGUUCCUGCAUUCCACCUGCUCCCCCACUGCAACCCCCUCGACUUCACCGGGCCCUGAGGCGGUUUGGGUGGGGCUGUCUGGGCCCCAGUGGGGGAGACCUGGGGUCACCAGCCCCCCCAACCCCUCGAACUCGCUGGUACUGUCCCCUGCCGCCACAGGCCCCUGUGUCUGUCCGAGAUGAGGAGGAGGAUGGUGCCACUUUUACUGUCACAAGCCGCCAGUAUCAGUCUCUUGAUCCCUUGGCUCCGAGCCGGCACUCUGGAGGCUCUGGUCAGACACCUGCUGGACAUUCGGACCUCAGGGGCUGACGUGACCUUCACAGCAACCUUCCUGGCCACCCACCGGGCCUUCACCUCCACGCCUACCCUGCUAGGGCUUAUGGCUGACAGGCUGGAAGCCCUUGAAUCUCAUCCUACUGAUGAACUAGAGAGGACAAAAGGGGUAGCCAUCUCUGUGCUGUCAACCUGGCUGGCCUCUCACCCUGAGGAUUUUGGCUCUGAGGUCAAGGGUCAGCUUGACCGGCUUGAGAGCUUCUUGCUUCGGACAGGGUAUGCAGCAGGGGAGGGUGUUGGGGGGGGCAGCGCUGACCUCAUCCGCAACCUCAGGUCCCGGGUGGAUCCCCAGACCCCCGACCUUCCUAAGCCCCUGGCCCUCCCCGGCGAUCCCCCUGCUGACCCCACGGAUGUCCUGGUGUUCCUCGCUGACCACUUGGCCGAACAGCUGACCCUGCUAGAUGCGGAGCUGUUUCUCAAUCUGGUUCCCUCUCAGUGCCUGGGGGGCCUGUGGGGUCACAGAGACCGGCCGGGACAUUCCCACCUCUGCCCGUCUGUGCGAGCUACGGUCACACAGUUCAACAAGGUGGCAGGGGCAGUGGUCAGCUCUGUCCUGGGGGCUAUCUCAACCGGAGAAGAGCCUGCGGAGGUGACCAUACGGCCACUCCGUCCGCCCCAGCGGGCCCGGCUUCUGGAGAAGUGGAUCCGAGUGGCAGAGGAGUGCCGUCUACUCCGAAACUUCUCUUCAGUUUAUGCCGUGGUGUCGGCCCUGCAGUCCAGCCCUAUCCACAGGCUUCGGGCAGCCUGGGGAGAAGCAGCCAGGGACAGCCUCAGGGUCUUCUCUGGCCUCUGCCAGAUUUUCUCCGAGGAGGAUAAUUAUUCCCAGAGCCGGGAGCUACUCCUGCAGGAGGUGAAGGUGCAGCCCUCUCUGGAGCCAAAUUCCAAGAAGGCCCCGAAGUCUGGCUCCCGGGGUGGGGGUGUGGUCCCAUACCUCGGCACCUUCUUGAAGGACCUGGUGAUGCUGGAUGCAGCCUCCAAGGAUGAGCUUGAGAACGGAUACAUCAAUUUUGACAAGCGGAGGAAGGAGUUCGCUGUCCUUUCUGAGCUGCGGCGGCUCCAGAACGAAUGUCGUGGCUAUGACCUCCGACGCGACCCCGACAUCCAGCAGUGGUUACAGGGGCUCCGGCCACUGACGGAGGCCCAGAGCCACCGAGUGUCCUGUGAGGUGGAGCCACCUGGUACUGGUGACCCUCCUGCCCCUCGAGUGCUUCGGCCCACGCUGGUCAUCUCACAGUGGACAGAGGUUCUGGGCUCUGUUGGAGGUCCCAGCCCCCUUGUCUCCUGGGACCGGCCCAGUGUUGGGGGCGAUGAGGUACCUGGAGGCCCUGCUCCUCUAUUGACCCGGCUGGCCCAGCACAUGAAGUGGCCAUCUGUGUCAUCUCUGGACUCCGCCCUGGAAGGCACCCCAUCUCUGCACAGUCCAGCUGGCCCCAGCCACCUCUCCCCACCAGCAUCCUCCCCUAGGCCUUCUCGAGGUCACCGCCGCUCAGCCUCCUGUGGUUCCCCACUCAGUGGGGGUGCAGAAGGGGCCUCCAGGGGGACUGCAUCUGGGGUAGGGGGGUCUGGGCCAGGGGCUUCCGAUUGUCGAAUCAUCCGAGUCCAGAUGGAGCUUGGGGAAGAUGGCAGUGUCUACAAGAGCAUCUUGGUGACAAGCCAGGACAAGGCUCCAAGUGUCAUCAGUCGUGUCCUUAAGAAAAACAAUCGCGAUUCUGCAGUGGCUUCGGAGUAUGAGCUAGUGCAGCUGCUGCCAGGGGAGCGAGGUCAGAGGCAGACUUGGGAGGAGAGAGAGCUGACCAUCCCAUCCUCGGCCAAUGUCUUCUAUGCUAUGGACAGAGCAUCACACGAUUUCCUCCUGCGGCAGCGGCGAAGGCCCUCUACUGCCACACCUGGCCUUGCCAGCGGCCCCUCUGUGCCAGCAACUCCCCCAAGCGAGGGAGGAGGGGGGUCCUUUCCCAGGAUCAAGGCCACAGGAAGGAAGAUUGCCCGGGCACUGUUCUGAGGAAGCAGCUCUCUUGGCUCACAGAACUCUUGGUGACCACACCAGAUGUGGGUAGCCAUGCUGAAAUGGUGGCAGUUAUGUUGCGUUGGGAAGAAAUCCAGAAAGAUGGCCAACCACCCUGGGGCAGUGAAGUGCCAAUGGUUUGUCAGACAGCCAAGAGAUCCUGCCCUGUGGGAACUGGUAAUCUUGGUAAUGAAGUUGGAUUACCCAUAUAUAGCUCCUCACUUUACAUGAAUGUAAUACAUGGCUAGUUGUGGGAAAAGGGCUGAUUCCUGGCCACGUCCUAGCAUGCCAAGGGCCAAAGGCAGACCUAGAAGUAGGGGGAGAAGAAAGACCUAGAGGCUCUGAGUCCCAGGGAGAAAGGAUGACAAGAAGUAGGUUCUAAUAGGAGUUCCUUUUCCUAUUCUAGGGUUUCUGUCACUGUGAUGACACUAAAAUAAACCAAAACACUACCUGAGUACUA